GUGCAUGUCUUUGAGUGUGUGUGUGUGUGCCUGUGCAUGUUUGUGAGUGUGUGUGUCUGUGUACCUGAGGCAACCAGUGUGGUUGGGCAUCCUCUGCACUGUGUGUUCGACUUCCUUUCACCUGGGCAGCGCUGCAUUGCAUUCCUGACUGUUUGGACUUGUCUUUCCUUUGGCUGGACUGAGGAGAGCAAUCGAAAAACUUAAUAAGAGACACGAGAGGAACGGUGGGCAAGAUGUUGGUCACCAUGCUAACAGCCAUGUACAUGGUGGUCAGAGUCGUAGAAUCGAUAGGGGUACGGUUUGCACGGCAACAGGAGCCUUUACCAUACAUGCUGUCCCAGCCUCUGCCUUGGCAGGUCCACUCGGUGUCGCACUCGCGGAGGAGCAGCAAAGCAGAAGAGUUUGAUGGCCUCAGGAGGAACAGCAUGGGCGUGUACAGGAAGAACUAUUUCUCCAUGGCUAUUGCCUCUACCUCUCUGGCUAUCCCAUGUGUCCUGUCGUGCUCAGACUCAAGCACCAGCAACGGGACGGCUCACGUCGCUCCGCCGCUCAGCCCCGUCGAAGUGGAGAAGGCCGCCGCCACCAUCCAGACCCAUUUCAGGAAGUUCCAACAGAAGAAGCACAAGAACGGCAAGUAGAUGGACAAAGAGGGAUGGUGGCGCAGGGCCGACGAGCCCGAGAGGAAGCAGGAGGAGGAAGCAGGAGUGGACUUUUGUUGAUUCACCCAUCGAGGGAUGAACUCUGAGAUGAUAAGCACAAGUGCACACAAACACACGACCUGUACAAACAUUCAAACUGUAUGACAAACACUUAGCAGAGGUCCUGGAUUAGUGAAAGAGAAUAACCACUUACAUACAGUCAUAGCCUACAUCUCGAACUGCUGCUUGUAAAACCCAAUGUAAAAGUCUAUGUGAACUAUUAUAUACAGCGUAUGAAUAAACUCUACAUCUGAAUGGAUGUCAGUUUUGAUGUGCUGCGAAAAAAAGGGUGACUGUGAAAGCGACUGUGAUUAUGAUUUAAUUUAUAUUUGAACUGUGUUUUUGGGUAAAUUAAUAUUGAGAAAAAAUAAUGGAUUGUGGAACUUUCAAAAACAUUAAACAUUAUAUUGAGUAAAAUCC